CCCAUGCCAGGCAGAACUACUCAGGCAGGAUUUGAAUCGUGUUCCACGUUGUAGGAGCUGGACGAGCAGUGUGUGCUUCAUCCUGGAUUCUGAAAAAGGAAACUUGCAAUGGACACCCUGAGAAGAUUAGUGAAUACUUCAGCUUAUAAUGUUUUACAAGAAAAACUUGAAGCCUGGUACAAUGACUAUCACCUCAAAUCAUGUGACCAAAACUUGAACCGGUGCUGUGAACUUGUGGAACUGACCUCAGAGGUUCAAGGACAGCUUUUUACAAUCUUGAGUCUCACAGCAAAAGAAGGUGGCCAGUAUGCAGGAGUCGAUACCCUUAAAUCCCGUUUCUUGCCAUGGCUGGGGUCUUCUUUCUUCAUUGCGUCUUCAGGAGUGACCACUGAUACCAGCCUAAAUCUAAUACAGGAAUCUAUGGAGAAAGAAAAGAAGCUCAGAGCACUGUCUAAUUCCCAUGAACAAGAAAUGCAGAAGAUGGAGACACAGCUGAGUGCUGCACGUUUGCAACUGGACACAAUAAAACAAAAAUUAGCAGAUGCUGACCUUGAACUUAAUGACACGAAGAACAGGUCCGCAACAACACUUCUAGCCACAGAGGAUGAAAUCCUUCAGCUGAAGGCUGAUCUGAGGGCUUCCCGUGAUCAGGCUGAUAUGUACAAGAGGAAGCUGGAUGUUCUGGACGACUUUGAGAGACAGAUACGAAUGCUAAAGGAUGAAGUGUCCUACCUGACUGCAGAGAAAUCCUUACUUCAGGACAGAAUCACAAGAAGCAGGUCUUCAAGCCCCCUUCCUCGACGCAGUCGCUCCCCCAGCCCUCUCCCAUUCCUGAGAAGUGACUCCCCGACUCGAGCCCAGCUCACCAACUCUUCACGACACUCGCGGCUGGUAACACGAUUCACUGACAUUUACGCUAACGAGCGCUUGGACACCCAGAACCUCCUGAGCCGCUACAUCGACAACCUUGAGAUGGUGCAGAGGAUAAUAUUUAUUUCCAUCGUGGAGUCUUUCCAUGCUGCUAAGAUGGCCUUCAGGCAGUUCAAACUGCGAGUCAGAAAGACUCUCUCUCCCACUCAUAUUGGACUAGAGAGCUUGGAUGAUGUCGUGCUGGACUACAUUGUUCGCAAUCUGGAUCUGUACGAUGUUCAGUCAAGUGUCAAUGAUGUGAUCCAUGCCAUGAACGUGAAUCCCAAGAUUUCCUUCCCACCGGAGGUUGAUUUCAUCCUGAUCAGCAGCUUUAUCCGUGAGAUGUGCCGGCUGGCCUUUGCAAUGCAGACCCUGGAGCCACCAUUGGACCUUGCAUUCACAACUGAUGGAGAACUCUACAGUGAGAGCAAGUAUCGACGCAGCUAUGACUCUGAGUUCACCGCUCCUCUGGUAGCAUACCAUGUGUGGCCUGCUCUGAUGGAGGGAGAUAAUGUGGUUGUUAAGGGAGAGGCUUUCACAAAGAGGGGAGCUCUGUGGUCACCAAGGAGAAGCAGGAGCAGAAGCUGCAGCCCCAAUUGUUCCAGGGGUAGCAGCCCGUCUCGUGCAUUGGCAUCCACCAGCCGUAGUUCUUCUCCCUGCCGCCUUUAACUGCAUCUAUCCGGGAACACAGGGAAAGACUUCAAGGCAGCAGACUGACUUAACAGUACCUCAACUCAAAAUGUGAACACCAAUAU